AAUAGCCUUCCAAUGCUGCGGCGCAUCUCUGCGGGCGAAAUGCGAAAGCGGGCACUAACGCUACUACGGCCACCAACCCCUUCAAAUUCUGCCCAAGCUUGCUUCUUCAGAUCUUCGUCUUCGUCUUCUUCAAGUAGAAAUGCUCAGAAUUACCGUCUCCGAAAAAGAAGAAAGUGGCCACUCUCGCCCUACAAGGCCAAAUGGCACGAAAACUUCGACCAUAAACAAGCCAUGCAAGCCCUUAAACAAUCUGCGAUUGUUUCAAGUUCAACGACAACAACCCACCUUCUCUCGUCCCUCAUCGAUUCCUUCGCCGCCUACAACUGCAACCCUACUCCUGAUGCUUACCACUUCGUCAUCAGAACGCUGGCAAAAAGCUCCAAAUGGGAUCAGAUUCCCCCAGUUCUUGGUCGCCUUGAAACCGUUGAAAAUUUUGAGACUCCCGAAUUCAUUUUUGUUGAUUUGAUCAGGAUGUACGGUGAUUCCAGUAUGAUACAGCACGCAAUCGAUUUGUUCUUUAGGAUACCCAGUUUCAGGUGCGCUCCUUCGGUGGACUCUCUCAACUCCUUGCUGUUAGUGCUUUGUAAGAACCGAGAGGGUGUGAUGAUUGUGCCUCAGAUCUUGUUGAAGAGUCAGUUGAUGAGUAUACGGGUUGAAGAAUCAAGCUUUCGGAUAAUGAUCAAGGCACUUUGUAGGAUUAGGCAGGUUGGUUACGCGAUCAAGUUGUUGAAUUUCACGGUCAGUGAUGGGAAUUGUGACCUUGAUCAAGGUCUCUGCUCUAUGAUUUUGUCAACUCUGUGUGAAGGAAAGGAUUUGUCUGGUGUUGACCUCAUGCGUUUCUUUCAAGACAUGAGGAAAUUGGGAUUUUACCCUAAGAGCGUGGAUUGGUGUAAUGUCAUCAGGUUUCUGGUGAAGAAGGGGAGAGGGGAGCAAGCUUUCGAAACUUUGAAGAAGAUGAAGGUGGCUGGAAUUAAGCCUGAUGCAGUCUGUUAUACUUUGGUCAUGGAUGGGGCUGUUGCAGAAGGGAGGUUUGAAAGGGCAGAUCAACUGCUUGAUGAAAUGCUUGUGUUGGGUUUGGUUCCUGAUAUUCAUACUUACAAUGUGUACAUUAACAGUUUGUGUAAACAGGGCAAGGUGGAGGAGGGGUUUAAGAUGCUUGCUUGUAUGGAGGAGUUGGGGUGCAAGCCUGUUGUGGUUACCUAUAAUGUGCUGUUGCAGGGGUUUUGCAAGUCUAGCAGGUUGAAUAGGGCAAUGGAGAUUGUAAAGGAGAUGGAGUCGAAGGGCAUGCAGCUCGGCUCAGAAACGUAUGGAAUUGUCAUUGAUGGAUUGGUAAAGGCAGGUGAAAUUGAUGAAGCUUCUUGUCGGUUGAGGGAAAUACUGGAUAAGGGUGUCUUUCCUGUGUCUUCAACACUUGAUAUAGUAAUAUGUGAGUUCUGCCAAAAAGGGUUGGCUUCUAAGGCUGUGGAACUAUUAAAAGAAACAAUUGGCAAGAAGGUUGCUCCUGGGAUUAGGGCAUGGGAAGCACUACUUGCAUCCGAGUUUAACUCAAUGGGUGCUGAAAUUCCCAUUGAAACUGGAAUAAUUGGAUUAGCAGAUCUUAAAAUGCGAGCAUGAAUAUUGUUAAGCUCCAACAUCAGUGUUUGGUGCAUUUGGUGUUUGAGACUGAAGAGUUUUGGUUAUGCCUUGCUGAAUCUCACAUUUGAACGUUGAACUAACCACACAAUCACUUGGAUGGGCGACGAGCUGAAACAUGAUCAGUUGUAUACUAAUUAUGGAGUUCAUUUAUGUUAAACAAAAGAGGACAUUUCUUUAACACACUGAUGCAAUUAAAUAUAUUGACUACUAUAAAAGAGGCGUUUUCUUCGCA